ACGGCGGUGGAUUUGAAGUCAGGAAUGAUCGUGGGGACGGAGACCAUGCUCCGGGGGAGUGAGUCGUCUUGGAAGUUGGAAACACAGUGUGUGGAAAAAUUGCUUCAUCGGUUGAAGGACGAGAAGAACCUCAUCAUCGCAGAGGUUGUGCAUGAUGAUUGUGGCGCGGUUGACGUCAUAUUGUGGCGAAUGAACAUUGACUCGCAAAAGUGUAUAUGGCAUAAGGCGAAGACUUUUGUCAAACGCUUGCGAGAGGCUGUGCGCGGCACAAAGAUUGUCAAACCAACUGUAGUCGGGGCUUGCGAGCAUGUGCGCGAGGUGAAGUGUUUCACAACGAGGGAGCUCGAACUUGGGCUCGAAACGAAAGGUGUACGUGUGGCCAGGGUGUCCACGAAAAAAAAGGAUGAACUCGUUGAGAUUGUUUGGGGUAUGCUCUUCCCCGACGAAGCAGGGAAGGCAUUGCCAGAUGAUGUCGUCGGGAUCGACGCGUUGCAAACACUGCAUUGCAAUGUGGCGGAGGAGGCGAAGGAGUGGUUGUACGGCGCUUGUAGGUUGCUCGAGCGAGCAAGGGAUGACGAUGACGAUGUGUUGGCCACUCAUGUGCAACACCUCGCCAAUCACAGGGUCGGGGAUCAUUCCCGUUGCGAUAAUGAGUUGUCCAACCUGUGCAAAGAGGCCGGUGGUCCGGACAGAAAGCCAUUGUACGAGGUGGGGGGGCGUGUUCAUUUGGCCAUCGCGCGGUGUCUUGAACAGUUCGCUUCGAAUACGAAGAUGGCGUACUACACACGUGCGAGGAUGACCUUCAACAACUGGUGCUUCCACUCCGUGAUCAACAAGUACUGCACGAAACGCCUGAACUUCCCCAGGUCAUAUGAGGCGCAAGUGUGUUGCACCGCUUUGGAGUGGAACAAAAACAAACGAAUCAAGCGAUUGCGCACAGUCUUCCGCAAACCGACAAACGUAACCCAUCGACGUCGCUCCGCACGACAGCAUAUAUACGCUGCCCGGGAUACCUCGUGGCGCUUCGACAUCGCAACUGAAGUUUUCGGCAGUCCUGGUGUUGGAGACUGGGCACGUAACAUGUUGCAGCAAUCGGACGUCGACGACCCAGUUAUUGAGCAUUAUGAUGAGGAAGCUGAUUAUGGAGGGUGUUACGGACGAAGCUGACAGUGUUGGAGACUGCUUCAGAUGACGAAAAGUCGUCUUCCGACUCCAACAACGAUGUUGUCGCGCACCGCCUCGACUUUGA